AUGGUCAAGACAGCCCUGACUGCCACCGACUGGACACUCACCCUCUCCCCAAAGUUCAAUACCUCUCUCCACCAAAACCUUCCGCGCAUUCUCUGUGAGGGUCGAGACACAGCUUUUCUCCAACAUGACUUAAUUGCUAGGCACCAUGGUAGGGAAAGGACUGACCAUCAAGAUGCUAAAGCCAUGCCAUCUCCGCCUGUAUGGAUACCACAAUACUCACGCUCUAAGGCAAGGGAACUAGGCAUUUCAGUUACAGUCACAGGAUUGAUUGAGGCAGGGGUUUUAGAACCCUCUCGCUCCCAGUGGAACACACCUAUCCUCCCAGUUUUGAAAGCAGAAACAGGUAAAUAUAGGAUGGUUCAUGACCUGCGCGCCAUAAAUGAUCUCAUUGUAGACACCACUCUCACUGUACCUAACCCACAUGUUGCUCUCGCUGACAUAGGACCACAACACCACUGGUACACAGUGUUAGAUCUCUCAAAUGCAUUUUUCUGCCUCCCUCUGGCCGAACAUCUGCGAGAUAUUUUCUCAUUCACAUACAUGGGUCGCCCCAUGCGAUACACACGCCUACCACAAGGGUUUAACCUCUCCCCAGGCCUGUUUAACAAAGUUCUGAAAAACUCACUGACAGAUUGUACCCUACCACCUGACACCGUUCUGGUACAAUAUGUAGAUGAUCUUCUGAUAGCUGCACCCACCGCAAUUGCCUGUCUGCAGGCUACCAAAGAUGUUUUGACCACCCUGGCUAGGGAGGGUUACAAAGUAAGCAGGAAGAAAAUACAAGUCUGUAGAAGAGAAGUUACCUUUCUGGGCAGAAUCCUUUCAGGCAGUGGUGUAGGUGUUUCCCCUGCACACAGAUCAGUUAUUUUGGCCCACCCGAAACCAUGUACUGUGAAAGACAUGUUGUCAUUUUUGGGCUUGACAGGCUACAGCAAAUCCUAUGUUCCAGGCUAUGUCGACCUUACAGAUCCCCUCCGGGCUAUGGUACGCCAACAGGGCAUGCGCAAUUUGUCCUCAGCCUUAGACUGGACAUUUGAAGGCAAUGAGGCAUUCAUUAAACUUAAACAAUCCCUUGCUGCAGCAGCAAAUCUGGCCUGCCCAAACUACUCCCUGCCCUUCCACUUGGAUGUUUCUGAAACAAAACAAGCAACUAAUGGGGUUUUGUUUCAGAAAAAAGGGGGUGACAGAGUAGUGUUGAACUACAUGAGCAUCCCAUUUGAACAAAUUGAAAAACGCCAGCCCGCCUGCACACAACAUGCUGCAGGGGUGGCAAAAUGCAUUCAGAAAUCAUCACACAUAGUUAUGGGACACCCCCUGAUAGUGUUGACCUCCCACAGCAUAGUGUCCUUUGUUAACUCAGCCAUGUUUUCACUCACACCAACCAGACAAAGGCGAAUCAGUAAAGUUUUGCAGGCCCCAAACCUGACCUUUACACAUGAAGGCAUUAACAUGGCAGACCAGAUGGGGGAGGGGGAACCACAUGAGUGUGAGGACAGGACAAGAAAAGUGGAAAAAGUCAGACCAGACUUAGCUGCACAACCACUAGGGGAAGGAAGAGUGCUAUUCACAGAUGGGUGUUGUUUCAGACAUGAGACUGAGGGACUGAAAGCAGCAUAUGCAGUGGUUGAAGACACAGGAGGGGAAGUGGUAACAUUAGAAGCAGAAAGGACGCAAGGUGCGCAGUCAGCACAGAAAGCAGAAGUGGAAGCACUCAUCAGAGCCUUAGAGCUAGGAAAAAAUCAAGCAGUAACUGUAUACUCUGACUCAGCCUAUGCAACAGGAGCAGCUCACCUUGAAUUACCACAGUGGCAGAGGGCAGGGUUUUUGACAGCAGGAGGAAAACCUAUUAAACAUGAGGAAGAAAUGAAAAGAUUAGCAAAAGCUAUUCUCCUACCAGCCAAGGUAGCUAUAGUCAAAUGUAAGGGCCACAGCAAUACUCAAGAUAGAGUGAGUAAGGGAAAUGAAGCAGCAGACAGCGCCGCAAAAACCGCAGCAGGAUAUUUGGCACACCAUCUAAUGAUGACUGCAGACCUAGAAACCAGGGCCGAGCUUAGCAAAGAAACAAUCAUUGAGUUACAAGCACGAGCUUCCCCCCAAGAAAAAACUGUUUGGAAAAGCAGGGGAGCUAUGCAAAGUGAGGGGUUGUGGCGGGGCCCGGAUGGUAGACCUAUUCUGCCACCAGGGGUACGGGAGACGGCCCUAGAAGAAGCUCAUGGGGUGGGACAUGUAGGGGUCAGUCAGAUGUUGAGAAACCUACAACAUUGGUGGCAUCCAUUCAUGAAACCAAUGGUAGAGCAGGUAACCAAGACCUGUCCCCAAUGCCAAGCAUUCAACCCUAAGCCUACAGUGAAACCAGACGGGGGACAGUACCCCCUUGAGACAGUGGCAGGGAAAGAGAUUGUGAUUGACUACACUGACAUGACGAACAGGGUACAGGGUUGCAGGUAUUUGCUGGUGUGUGUGGAUUCCUACACUGGAUGGCCAGAGGCCAUGCCCGCAAAAAAUGAAGACGCUCAGACCGUAAUUAAAUUUCUAAUCAACCAAUACAUUCCCCAGCAUGGGUUCCCUGAAAGGAUAAAGUCAGAUAAUGGUUCCCAUUUCAAAAACAAAGUUUUGCAAAAGGUGGAACUCAUGUUGGGGCUAAAGCAUAAAUUUGGCUCCGUAUACCACCCUGAAUCUCAAGGCAAGGUAGAAAGGAUGAACCUGACCUUAAAAAACAAAAUGUCUAAAAUAUGCAACCAAACAGGGAUGAAUUGGCUGCAAGCCCUCCCCCUGGCUCUCAUGUCGAUAAGAAUGUCAGUAAACAGUAGGACAGGCCUCUCACCAUAUGAGCUACAAACAGGGAGGUGUUUCCCGGGGCCCUGGUCUCAGCUUCCACUUACUGAGCCUUCACCUGUAACCAUUUCUCACAAAGCCUUUUUCCGCCAGCUACAGGGCACAGUCUCUUUGUUUUCUAAACAGGUGACCGCAGCACACCCAGACGCAGAAACCAAAACUCCUCCAGACGCUGAGUGGGUGCUCCUGAAAGCAAUUAAGAGGAAGUGGUCUGAACCUCGCUGGCAGGGGCCCUUCAGAGUGACGGCGAGAACAUCCCACGCAGUGCAGCUCGAGGGAAAAGGUAAACAGUGGUACCACUGGAGCCAGUGUGCUGCUGCCCAGGAGCCAGGCCGCUCCACCAAGGAAGUAGCCAGAGAUCUGGCUGCCAGCGCGGAGGGCUCUCCGCCAGACACUAGGGAAAAAGAGGCAGAAUAAUCCUCUCCAGUGUCCAACGAGGUCCAGGGUAGUCCACCCCUGUGACCUGAAGAGGAGAAUCACCAGAGAGAAAGGUGAAAUAAGCGCUUUCUCUCCUACAUGUAGCGUGCCAAGCUACCAUCCACCGUUGAACCCAACUUAUUGGGCGUGUUUUCUUUA